CCCGACCACCAGCUGUUCGGAUGGCUUCGGUCUGGAUUACACUUUACCAACUUUCCACGAAUGUAAGAAAGAACGCCAUCCCAAUGGAAGCAUUGUACAGACAAUUCCAAAGCUCAUCCCCUACACAACAUUUACUAAAGGGAUUGCUUGCCCGAGAAGGAAUAGGCCUAGAGCAACGGGAAUAAUGCAUGGACGAAGAGUUUGUAGAUUCCACGAUUGCCAUAGUAAUAUUUGUCAAGGCGGCUGGUGUGAAGAGACUAUGACUGCGUUCAGAUGCCACUGUUUUGACGGAUUUGAAGGGAAACUCUGCGAUCAACAAUCAACUCCUAAACAAAACACCAUAACGAUCUCUUCAAACAAAACCACCCCAAAACCAUCUCCUACAACUACGCCACUAGAGAAUGACUCAUGUCCAAACGAGUCCUGGACAUUUUACCGAGGAAGUUGCUACCAAUAUUUUGGCAAUAAACUCAAUUUUCUCGAGGCUUUGUCCUUCUGUCGGAGUUUGACUAAUCAGCAAUCGUGUCCGAUAGACCUGGUCUCUAUUCAUAGCCUGGAAGAGAAUGAUUUCGCUGCUCAACUUUGUUAUAAUAAUACCGACUGUGUCGAGUCAACGCUCCCCUUCGGGUUUUCAGCUCCUUGCUUUUGGAUCGGUCUGUACCAGCCAGUACCAGAAAGUGACUUUGUUUGGUCAGACGGCUCCCCGGUCAACUACACUACAUGGAGUCAGGGUGAGCCAAGCAAUGGCGGUGGGACUGAGGAUUGCACGCACUAUUAUUUUGUAUCACGGACUGAAUCCAACGGUUUUAAAUGGAAUGAUUAUAGCUGCAGUGGAAACUUAUCCUUCGUCUGCAAACAUCCUGUCCUCUGCCUGAGAGUUUCAACGCCGUUUUCUUAAAGGGAACAUCUAACCUGACAAAAAGGUUUAAAUUAUUGUGAAAAUAGCAGAAAAAAUGAUAAAAACCUAUUGGUGAAUAUUUGAGGAAAAUCCAUUAAAGAAUUUAAAUGUUAUUUUAAUUUGUUUUCUCUCUCUAUUAGUGACGUCAU